AUGGUGCCACAGACUAUUCUGCCGUGCGCAGAGUUACAAGUUUUAUCUUUUCUAAUUUCAGGUUCAUGUUCUGAAUCUGGAGAAGAUGGAGGCAUUGGAGACGAACAUGUAUGUGGUAAAUGUCGACUGGAGUUUAUUGAUUUGUCAGAUUUUCUGCAUCACAAGAGAUCAUGUACGAAAAAGCGUUUAGUUCUUGUUAUUGGAGACGACAGUUCUGAUGAGCAAGCAGCUGAAAGCCCUUCGUCCAUAGACUUCAAGGACGAUUCAGAAAAAUAUGGCAGAGAAAUGCCAACAUUACCGUAUCUCAUGUCUCUACCAUAUGAGAAACCGUAUUCUCCAGAAGGUUCGGGCAUGCCUCCCCUGCUUCCAGGCAAAGUUUCACAGUCUUAUGUUGAGUGCGAUGAUCAACCCGUCGAACUUGACAAUUAUACGAAAUCAGAUGCAUACGCCAAUUCUGACGAAAGCCAAUCGAAUGAAAUCAAACGAGCAACCGAAAAUGGUUCCUUUACGAAUUCACCAUCUUUACCUCAGUACCUUCUUAUGCAGCCUGUUCCUGAUACAAACGUUACUUUGCAAACGCUUCAAAAUACUCGAGUUGCUGUGGCUCAGCAAGGAGUUGGAGCUAAUUUAUCACAUCUUGCUCUGCAUACGGCCCUGUACACCCUGCAGCAGCAGCAAAUCAUUCAACUUCAUCAGGUUAUUCAGCAGUUGCAAUCUCAACUUGUUAAUUCUGCUUCUACUGGUUCCAAUUCAAUUUCCUCCAGUGCUCCCACAGUUGGAUCAUUAAUAGGUUCUGCUGCCCUUACACCCCCUCAAAGCACAGACGGAAACAAUGGAGGUGUUCUGGCAUUAACAACAACUGCUCCAGCGUUGCGAACCAUUGAAAGUGUCACUCCAAUACAGAAUGCGUCUACCAAUACCACUGUAUCCUCAUCAGCAACAGUUACAACAUCUACAAACAAAAACUCCAUUUCUUCUGAAAAUUCAGUCUCAGUUUCAUCCGAAGCAGCUGCCCCACCGCCACCACCACCUCCUCCUCACGAGCCUAAUACUUUAGAGCUUUUACAAAGGCAUACUGAACAAGCACUUCAAAACACCAUGGCGGGCAGCUCUUUUUUGCUAAAUGGACUGAGUGGUUUGGGAAACAGUUCUGACAUUCUUCGCUUUUGUAAAAAGGGAGAUGUCAAAAGAGAAGGUAGCGAAGAGGCUUUUUUUAGACAUAGGUGUAGAUAUUGUGGAAAAGUUUUUGGAAGUGAUAGUGCUCUUCAAAUUCACAUAAGAUCUCAUACUGGUGAAAGACCAUUCAAGUGUAACGUAUGUGGCAAUCGUUUUUCAACCAAAGGCAACCUGAAAGUACAUUUUGGUAGACACAAAGAAAAAUACCCUCACAUUAAAAUGAAUCCACAUCCUGUUCCGUUACAUCUGGAUAAUCUACACCCUCCUUUAGAACCACCUGAAGCUUCUGAAACGCCUCCUAUUAUUACCCCUGCACCUACUUGUCAAACCGUUGCUCUAAGCUUACAGCCACCAAAUUUAGUCCCAGCUCAACCACUCCCGUUAGUUAUUCACUCUCAUGAUAAAGGUAAACAAAGUCCAAAUGAGUAUGCAGCACCAGACAUAAGCCGACAAUCCGAAGAAGCGCCUGCACUAAUCCAACCACGAAGCGUAUCCCCAAACGAAGGAUCAAAUUUAUCCGAUGAAUCAGAUGGUUCUGUUGGCUAUGGAACUGAUGAAAAUGGAUUAAAAGAUGAAAAUCCUUCUCGUUACGAAGAAGAUAUAGAUAAUGAUGAUGACAGUUUUUCCGUUUCUCCGAAAAUGGAACAAAAAGAAAUGGAGGAAAAUAUUGAUGAAGACACAAAGCCCUCUGUAUCGGAAAGUAUCAUGAGAGCAGCACCAUCCAUUCCUUUCAUUAGUAGCUCAGCGCCAACAUUCCCAACUUUUUUUCACCCGUCCCUAUCACCAUCGUUUAGCAUGGCACCAGUCUGCUAUCCUCCCAUGUCAACUCCUCCUCUAACAAGUACUCCAACAACAAGGCCUUCCGGAAGCAGUAUAAACAAUGAAGGAAAUGAACAAGUAGGGCCUUCUCCAGACCCAAGCUUUUAUCAAGACUUGCUGCCGAAACCAGGCUCUAAUGAUAACUCAUGGGAAAGUUUAAUGGAAAUAACAAAAACAUCGGAAACUUCAAAACUUCAGCAGUUAGUUGACAAUAUAGAGCACAAGUUGAGUGAUCCAAACCAAUGUCUUUUUUGUCAUCGAGUUCUAAGCUGCAAAAGUGCUUUGCAGAUGCAUUAUCGCACACAUACCGGUGAACGGCCGUUUAGAUGUAAAAUUUGCAGCCGUGCCUUCACUACAAAAGGGAAUCUAAAGACUCAUAUGGGAGUGCACAGAGCUAAGCCCCCUUUAAGAGUUUUACAUCAAUGUCCAGUGUGUCACAAACAAUUUACAAAUUCUUUAGUUCUACAGCAGCAUAUCCGAAUGCACACUGGCGGGGCGACUGAUAUGCAUUCAGAGCAAAUUAUGGCAAAUGAAGCAAGACCAAGUCACCUCAUAACUACCUCAUUCCCUAGGCCAAUGAUUCCUGCUCUCUUGCCAAAUUUUUCUUCGUCCUCACCAUUUCCAACGCGUUCAUCACCAACAGGACCACCAAAUAUAUGCUCUACCCCAAAAGCAUCUGAUACUGCUUCGUCAACUCCAUCUCCUGUUAACUCAACCACUCCAACAGAAAGUGUUAUUAAAACUGCUUUGAAACCAAAAGAUAAUCAUAUAAGAGAAGAUUCUUCAUCUCCACCAGCAACUACUGAAAAUUCACCUCACACUCCAUCUCCCAAAAUUGAAAAAUGUGCCACACCACCUCCACCUUUACUCACUUCCAAUGUGUCUCCCAGACCUGUGCCCUCUAGUGUUACAGACAACCGUGCUCUUUCUCCGAGCAUGGACAAACCAAUUGUAACAACUGCUCCAUACUCUCCAGCAUAUACUGCUUCCUUAGUUGCUUUGGAGAAUCACGUAAAGGCAAUCAAUACUACCGUUCCACAGCCGUUACCAUUCUCUCCAUUUGGUAUGGGACUUGCAAUGAGUAAUUUUCUAAGAUAUGAAGAUGCUGCUUUUCUGAAUCGAAACCAAACUAAAGAUGUAAACAAUGAUAAAUCUCCUCUCCCAGUCCAUUCUUAUUCGCCUUCUCCUACAACAAGCCGAGCAGCUUCUGAUGCUUCAGCAGAUGAAAGGUCAACUCCGGGAUCAAUGAUUAAAUCCGAAUCUCCUGUAUCAAUCAAUGGAUCUCAUCUUCCAGUGUCGACAAGUGUUAUUACUGUUAAGUCAGAUAGCGGUGCUUUAGAUCUAACUCCUAAAAAUUCAAUUUUAUCAAUACCACAUAAUGUACCUGAAAUUCAACUUUUUCCUUCUCCUCUUGCUGGCUUACCUUUUCCAACUACUCCAGGACGCCUUUCUACUACUUGUCGAAUAUGCUACAAAACAUUUGCUUGUAAUAGUGCGUUAGAAAUACAUUAUCGUAGCCACACCAAAGAACGUCCGUUUAAGUGCAAUGUUUGUGAUAGGGGUUUCACGACCAAAGGCAAUAUGAAACAGCAUUUGCUUACUCAUAAAAGUAAAGAUCUUCAACCUCUUUUAUUUGCCUCUGCAGAUAACUCCGUUCCUGAUACUGAAACAAACUCUUCCACAAAUGUAAUGAGUCCACGAACUUCAAGUCCUAUUACAUCUGCGAAUGAAUCUAAUUUAAGUCAAGCAAGCAAUCAUAACACUGAGAAAAAAGAAAUUAUUCCCCCAGUUCCAACGAAUUUUUUGCCUGUCACGACAACCCCUCCUGCUCCAAUUAUUUCGCCAAUUACUCAACUUCCACCAGUUAGCGUUUCAAGUGCACCUAUUAAAGCGAUCAAAACUGAAAUUGAAACUGGAUCUAAAAGACAUUUACCUGAACAUGUUUCCACAACACCAGGAAAAAAAUCAUCAGGUUUUCCGAAACAUUAUUGCCAUACUUGUCAUAAACCAUUUUCAAGCGCAAGCGCCCUGCAAAUUCACAACAGAACCCAUUCUGGAGAAAAGCCUUUCAAAUGUGUAGUAUGUGGUAGAGCAUUCACUACAAAAGGAAAUCUAAAAGUGCACAUGAACACUCAUAUGGCGCAAAACAACGGAACUUCGCGCCGAGGCAGACGAAUGUCCCUAGAAUUUCAACCACCACAAAUGCCCACCCAUGGUAAACCUGAUUUUUCUCAUCCAAGACCAGAUCUCUAUUUUCCUUAUAUUCCAGGGUACAUGAACGGAUUAACUGGCCCCCCUAAAAUGAAUGAAAUAUCUGUAAUACAGACAGCAGCUGGCAUCACAAAUGGAAAUUUAAAUACGCCAAGUUCCAUGACAUUAACGCCUGCUGUUUCGAUGAUGACCCCAAUAAUGACCUUAGGUCAGCAACAACCUUUUAUUCGAAAACAAACGCAGCAUAACUCCAACGAUGAUGGUACUGAUUAUGCUAAUCCUCGAUCCCCUGAUGAAGCUGAAAAUCUAAAAGUUCAACCUUCACCAAGCCGGCCUCCAGAGAGUGCAUCCCCUCUACGUCCUUUAAUAUCCUCUCCUCCAACAACUCACGAUAAGGUUGCUUCUUGGAGCUGGAAAACAGCGUGCAAUGUGUGUAACAAGAUAUUUUCUUCCUCUUCUGAUUUAGAAAUGCAUCUGAAAUCUCACUGCAGUUCUGCGAUACAAGACAAUGUUAGAUCUACAGCACAAAUUGCCAAAAAUAUCGCCUCGUAG